GGAGCCGGCGCGGGCCCGACACCGACACCGACACCGACACGGGCAUGGGGCCGCUGCACUUCACCCAGGAGCCGGUGCCGGAGGCGGUGAGCGGAGACAUGCACAACCUCGACCAGCUCAGCGCCCAGCAAUUCUCGGCGCUGACCGAAGUGCUCUUCCGCUUCUUGACGGAGCCCAAGGAGGUGGAAAGGUUUCUGACUCAGCUCUCGGAAUUUGCUGCCACGAACAAAAUCAGCCUGGGGCCUUUGAAAAAUAUCGUCAAAAGUCUCCUCUUGGUGCCGAACGGUGCCCUGAAGAGGAACCUGUCGUCUGAACAAGUCAAGGCGGACUUCAUUGCUCUGGGGCUCAGCGAAGAGAAAGCCAGUUACUUUGCAGAGCAGUGGAAGCUGAAUUCCCCCACCCUGACCAGCCUGGCUGUUGGGCAGACCCUGAUGAUCAACCAGCUUAUAGACAUGGAGUGGAAGUUUGGAGUGACUGCAGGGAGCAGCGAACUGGAAAAAGUGGGAAGUAUCUUCUUGCAGCUGAAACUGGUGGUUAAAAAAGGAAACCACACAGAGCCUGUGUAUGUCGAGCUGACGCUGCCCCAGUUCUACAGUUUUCUGCAUGAGAUGGAACGAGUCAAAACCAGUCUGGAGUGUUUCAGUUGAAACCAGAUGGGACCGAAUUAAUAGCACGGCCCGGCACUUUCGCCCUGUGGGCCAGCACGUCUCAUCUCGCUGCUGCUCCGUAACCUCUUGCUAGAUGGAGACUGCGCAGUUUUGUAAGCAAAGCUCUCAAGUCCUUCUGCCCUCAGUCGGGACCGGCCCUUAAACCCGUUCUAGUUCUGUCCUUCCGAGUCCGAGACCUUUACGGGUACUCCUCGUAGCCGACAGCCAAGCAGACCCGCGCUGCUCUUCUGUCCUAGCCACUGAGAGAGUAUUGUCAGAAGUAAAUGGAAGUCAGCUUAUAGAGGUAGCGUGCAAGCUAGGAAGUAAAUAAAGAGUCGCAUUAA